AUGUCGGAUCAACGUGAGAUUGUGGAGCAGCUGAGGAAAACCUUGCAAUUGCUAGACGCUGGAAGUAAUGUGAGGUCAAAUAAUGAGCCUGGCGAGAAGGCUUGGAAGGAAAUCCACCCUUCCUUUGAGAAGUUGGAAGAGUAUUCAAAGGACUACAUCGAGUUUACCUACGAGAACCCUACUACAUACCAUCUCAUUGAGUAUUUCGCACAUGAGCUAGAAAAAGCAGGGUUUGAGUACCUGAGUGAGAAGGAAUCAUGGGGCGAGAGGGUCAAGAACUCUUCGAACAGAAAGUUCUAUACUUCGAGAAACGGUACCAAUUUAUCUGCUUUCAUUGUAGGUAAAAAAUGGGAGCCAAGUAAAGGAGUCGGAGCCAUAGGAGCUCAUGCAGACGCUCUGACUGUCAAGUUGAAGCCCUCUUCCUUGAAGGAUCACGUUGAAGGAUUUGAUCUGCUUGGGGUUGCCCCGUACGGCGGCACUCUAAACAAUCUGUGGUUUGAUAGGGAUCUUGGCAUUGGCGGUCGUGUCUUGUACCGGGAAGCUCCCAACGGGAGCAUCAAAAGCAAGCUAAUUAACUCUGCGCCACAGCCAAUCGCCAAGAUUCCCAGUUUGGCCCCACAUUUUGGGUCGCCAGCUGAGGGACCUUUUGAUAAGGAGGACCAGGCAGUGCCCGUUGUGGGAUAUGUCUCUGACGAUACACCUGGUCCAGAUGCUAAUGACAUCGAGAAGUCUUCGCCCUUGUACGGGAAACACUGCCUAAACUUCUUGAGAUACGUUGCCAAAUUGGCAGGCUUGAAGGUUUGCCAAUUGGUUCAGUUGGAUCUGGACCUAUUCGAUGUACAAAAGGGUGUCAUCGGUGGUAUCAAGGACGACUUCCUGUUUGCACCUCGUCUCGAUGAUAGAUUGUGUUCUUACGCCUCGAUGAGGGCCCUGCUAGAAAGCUCUGCAGACCUGGACGUCGACUCCAUGGACACCUUCGUCAACGUAACACUGUUCGACAACGAAGAAAUCGGAUCUUUGUCAAGACAAGGCGCCAGAGGCGGUCUGUUCGAGUCUGUCGUCGGCCGCGUGACAGCCUCACUACAAGGCAACUCGGUGGACAUGCGUGCGCUCUUUGCCAACUCCAUCACCCUCUCCGCAGACGUCAACCACAUGUUCAACCCCAACUUCCGCGAGGUGUACAUGAAGAACCACUCACCAAAGCCAAAUGUUGGCAUAACCCUAUCGCUGGACCCCAAUGUUCACAUGGCUACCGAUGUCGUGGGAACAGCUUUUGUCGAAGACCUGGCCCGCUCCAACGGCGACAAGGUGCAGUAUUUCCAAAUCAAAAACAAUUCAAGAUCGGGCGGCACUAUCGGACCCUUCAUCGCUGCUCAAACCGGCGCCCGCACCGUCGAUCUCGGCAUAGCCCAGAUGGCCAUGCAUAGCAUCAGAGCAACCACCGGUUCCAGGGACAUCGGCCUAGGUGUCAAGUUCUUCAGAAACUUCCUGCAGAACUGGAGACCCGUUUACGACAAAUUCGGCGAUCUGUGA